GCAUGAUCGAACUUGGCGGUACUAUCGGUGACAUCGAGUCCAUGCCGUUCAUAGAGGCCUUGCGCCAAUUGAAGUUCCAACUCCCUGAGAACUCACUGGCAUGGUGUCACUGCUCUUACAUUCCGAACAUGAGCGGGCAGAAGACCAAGCCAACGCAGCAUUCGGUGAAAGCUUUGCUGGGGCUAGGAGUGCAGCCGGACAUGAUCAUUUGCAGAUGUCCAGAUCCAGUCCUGGAGGAAACUAGGAAGAAGAUUGCCAACCAGUGUGCCAUUCAGUCUGGCCGAAUUAUCAGUGCUCAUGACGUGGCAAAUCUUUUCCACGUUCCAGGUAUGCCUGGCAGCGGCAAGAAUUUGCGCACCUUGAACGACUGGGAAAAAUUCGCCAAGCAGGUGGAUCAGGCAGAAGCUGCCAUGCCAGUGACCAUUGCCUUUGUUGGCAAAUACAACAAAGGCGGUGGAGAUGCAUACCAGUCCGUCGUGGCUGCGCUCAAUCAUGCAGCGGUGGCUGAAUGGAUUGAUGCAACACACCUGGAGCUGCCAAGCAAAGAUGCGAGGAAUUACGAGGAGCUGAUGAGACGAGCGCAGGAGGCGGAGGCCCUUCUCAAAGCCGCAGAUGGCGUGUUUGUUCCCGGAGGCUUUGGCGAUCGAGGUGUCGAGGGAAAAGCACGCGCGGCCAGCCUCGCGCGUGAAUGGAAGAAGCCCUACCUGGGAGUUUGCCUCGGCAUGCAGGUGGCUCUCAUAAGCUUCGCAAGAGAUGUCCUGGGAAUAGCUGAUGCUACCAGCGAGGAGUUCGAUUCUUUCAAAACGUCGAAGAACCACGUCAUUAUUUUCAUGCCUGAAAUAUCCAAGGAAACCAUGGGUGCCAACAUGAGACUGGGUGCUCGAUACGUGGAGUUUACGAAUCCAGAGAAUUCCUUGGCUUCAUCCCUCUAUGGUGGUCAACAGCGCGUCAUGGAGCGCCAUCGGCAUCGCUAUGAGUUCAACAUUGCGUACAAAGAGCGCAUGGAGAGCAAAGGUUUGAUCUUCUCGGGCCAAGAUGAGACCAAGGAGCGAAUGGAUAUCAUAGAAAUGUCGACAAAGGAGCAUCCUUUCUUCAUGGGCGUGCAGUACCAUCCUGAGUACAAAUCGCGUCCUGGAACGCCAUCGCCAGCCUUCUACGGCCUCGUGGCAGCUGCGAGCAAUCCGAAGCAGGUGGAUGAGAUGCUCUUAAAAUGCCGCCCUCACCUCAGCUUGGCAGAGACGCUGAUGCUGGAAAAUUGCAAUGUUUGCAACUUUGUUCUCCUCUGUUUCUCGUUUUGGUAG